AUUGUAAUAACUGAAAAGGGAAAAACCACCGCGUUCGUAAUCCAAUACGUUGUUAGAUUAUUAAAGACGAAACAGAAAAAGUCAACGGUCUUGUUCCUUUCCGACACCAAUAAAUACUUAUAAGUUAUAACACCUAGCACCCAAUUCCCAUUCCACACUCCAACUACAAACACAACAAUAAACAACAACUUCACAUUCACAACAACAUGAAAGAUAGCAACAGCAUGAAAGAAAUGAAACUGGUUUGGUCCCCAGAGAGAGCAACUAACUCAUACAUCGACACCGUUGAAGCAGUAAGUACCAGUAAGUGCCAGCUUUCCAACGAGUCCGGCGUGGCGGAGCUUGUAUCCGCUAUGGCGGCGGGAUGGAACGCGCAACUGAUAGUUGAAACAUGGUCACGUGGUGGAGUUAUUCCAACCAGUGUUGGUUUAUCCAUAGCUAGUCGUCACACGGGUGGAAGACACGUGUGUAUAGUUCCUGAUGAACGGUCGAGAUCAGAGUAUGCAAAGGUCAUGGGAGAGUCGGGUAUGUUGCCGGAAAUUAUGGUCGGAGAACCGGAAGAAGUGAUGGAUGGUUUAGUCGGAAUAGAUUUCUUGGUUGUUGAUUCUCGAAGAAAGGAUUUUUCAAGAGUUUUGAGGCUAGCUGAGUUGAGUGGUAAAGGUGCUGUGUUGAUAUGCAAGAAUGCCAAUUAUAUUUCUAAGAUGGAUUCUAGUUAUAUAUGGCGGAGCGUGGUGGCGAAGGGAUCCAGACGACUGGUUCGUUCAGUGUUUCUUCCGGUGGGGAAGGGACUUCAUAUGGCGCACUUAUCGGCUGCCGGUGGUGGUGAGAGCCCGCAUAAGGGAAAUGUUAUUCCUAACAGAUGGAUCAAACAUGUUGAUCAACGAUCAGGGGAUGUUCACUUUAUUAGAAAAUAAAUAAUGUAUAGAUUGAUCUCAUGUUCAAUUUUCCCUUUUUUUUGUUAAUACGGUUGAAUAUGAUUGUGACUAUAUUCUAGUUUAUGAUUUGACCUUUAUGUAUUACAAAAUUGUUUUAUUUGUUCAAUCUUAAGAACAUAUGAAUCAUUCGUAGUUUUUGAGAUCUCUAAA